UCAUAUGUGGACGUGAAUUCCAAGUCGUUGAGCUCCAUUGAAUCCCCCAUCAUGGUACUGAUCACGAGAUCAUGGUGUCAAGCGAGCCGGGCGCUCAAGGACAAACUAGCCUCUUCCAGCGAAGUUCAGGAACUAGCCAAGCAAUUUACGCUGCUGAAGUUGGACGAAACCACAGACCCACUGGUGCCCCAAUGGACAGAUGGUACCUACACGCCACGCGUUGUCUUUGUGGCGCCACACGGGAAGGGAUACCCACAGGCUAUGCCUGUUGAUAACCUUGAGACUGGUAACAAAGACUACCCACACUACUACUGGGAUGCAGAGCAAGUUUAUGCUGCUAUGGAGAAGGCGCUAGCAAUACACGAAGAAGACUAUCCAAAUCGCCCCUUAGUGGAUGUCCUAGAGCCGGCGAACGUGAGGUUGCCGUAUGAUGUACCAGAUGUGCAUCAUUUGGUAUACACACGCCCGCAGGAAGACGAACAUGCGCAUGACGAUCCUACCAAGCCACACGUGGAAGGUAAUGACGGUGCACACAGACGCACCCAGCGAAGUGCGGGCAAGAAGGCACGCAGUGAGUUGUAGUGUACAGUGCAGUGGAUUAGAAAGGAUUGGGGUGCGUGCGAAUCACUCUCGAGAUAAGGCUACGAGUAACAACGCUCACCUUCCUUCCACUGGGAUGAGCCGAGACUAUGCUCAUACUCUCUUGUUCUUUGACUUCAACAAUGGGUCCAACGAGUGUAGUUGUAUCCUUCUUAGCGAUAGAGGCAGCCGCAUGCCCGUGUCACACUCCUAUGUGCCCGAGAUACGACCAUAUUCUGUGCAUAUACGUAGAGAGAUGAGUUUAGCGAACGAGGCAAGUGGCUCCGGAAAUGAUUUACUCGCUAAACUGUAGAGAGAUCCCAAGAGGUAAAGCCAUGAUCGGUAAUAUGCAAACUCGCUCUCAUGCCAACACCGCAUCGCUGCAACGAUUAUUCCAUGUCGAAUUUUCAUUACAAUCUAUAACAAAGGCUUGUUUACUGUAAUCAUUUUCAAAAUCAUGAAUAUUCAAGUCCGUG